AUGCAAUCUCAGGGAAUUAAAGAAGGGGAUGUACUUGAUGUACAGCGUGGGCCAAUUGAAGAUAAUGCAGCAUAUAAGGGUCAUGAUAGGUAUGUAGGUACAAAUGAGUUUAGAGUUAAAGGCACUGAAGAGCACUUGGACAUUGAUGAUAAAAUAGUAAGGGAAGUAGUGAAGUGGACAAUGAAGGAAAUGAGCAACACAAGUAAUGCAACAUCAUCACCACCAACUGGUGGUGCAUCUAGUUCAAGGCCAAGCGCAAGUGGUGACUCAACUGUUAUGGGUGUCAGUAGGGGAAUAACUUCAGGCAUGGGAAUUGGUUAUGGUAGGGGAAUUGGUUCUAGUAGGGGUAUUGGUUCUGGUAGGGGAAAUGGUUCUAGCAAGGGAAUUGGUUGUGAUAGGGGAAGUUAUUCUGGAAGGGGAAUUGGUUUUGGCAAGAGAAAUGGUUCUGGAAGGGGAAGUGGUUCUAAUAUAAUUGAUGGUGUUGGAAUGUCAAGUGAAGCUUCUAUUAGGAGACCAAAAGUUCCUAAUUCUGGUGCUACAACUUCUUCAAGUCAACCUGGGAGAUCAGUUGAGAAAAUGAUCAUUAGUAGUCGUACUGUUAAACAUGCAUCAGAAGCAAUUAGUGACUUAGGAUUCCAACCUAGAGUGUUGAGAUGA